CAGUUGACAUUUGAAGUUCAGCUCCGAAUAUCAUGGGUUUUUCAUCGCUGGUGCAAGCCUUGAUGCCAAUCACCGCCUUUUUUGGUGGGAAGUGUGGUAAAUUUCAGAAGAAAGUGAAAGGCAGUAACCGCCUUUUGCUCGCCUACAAGUGCGUCUGCAAGGACGGCUACGUGCAGAGCGGUAACGAUGGAUGCGUUGCCAUUCACAUUCCGCCGUACACCAAGCCGAAACGGAAAAAGUCAACCACAACAAUGAACACGGCCGGAACAACCACAAGCACCAGCACCACCAAAAGCGACAGCACCACCAAAAGCGACAGCACCACCAAAAGCGAGAGCACCACGAAGAGCCAUAGCACCACGAAAAGCAACAACACCACCACAGGGACCACCACAGGGACCACCACAGGGACCACCACAGGGACCACCACAGGGACCACCACAGGGACCACCUUAGGGACUACCACAGGGACCACCACAGGGACCACCUUAGGGACCACCACAGGGACCACCACAAGGACCACCACGAAUAGUAGCAUAUCAUCGAGCAGCACAUCUUGGUGGCCAACCUGGCUAACGACAACCGAGCCGAUGCCAAACAAAAACGACGACGUACAGCCAAGAACCAAGAGAUACGAGAAUGCGAUCUGGAGCACGUCGGAAGGACCUUAUUAUUUGGAUAGGACCGAUUUCGCUAUUCCCGAGGCCAGCACUGUGUCAAUGCCAAUCCAUGUGAUGAGCAUCGAUGCAGCCAGCCCCAAGACUACGCCACUUAGUUGGCAAUGGCAUUAUCUUGUGGCAGGAGAUCAAUAAUUAAGAGAGAGACUAUAGGACAUAUUUUAGACACAUUUCCGUACAUUUUCCGGUUACUUAACCCAUCAUAAAGUCCGUAGAGUGUAUAAAGUGUAUACUCUGGCUGUUUGACCGACAGCACAGCUCCUGUGGAGGGACUUAAUUGAAACCCAAGCAAAUAAAACAUGUUACCUCACACGACUAAUCCCCAAAAA